CUCAAUUUGAAUCUGAGCGAUUUCGCUGAGUCAAGAUGGCAGAGUGACAGCGAGCGCGCCGUCAUCUGGCUGUCAGUUGUAUUUUUUUGUUGCAGAAAAUGGACAGUGCAAAGAAUCCGAGUUCGCUCUAUGAAUUGUGUUUAGGAAAAUAUGUAUCAAAUUUGAGCAAAAGUGUUGUGUCUCUGCAGAAAAUAAAUGCCCUUCGACUGCUGCCUCCGGUCAUCCUGGCCGAAAUCUACUAUGCCAUCUCCCAGAAGGCUGAUCUGUGCGAGACAUUGCUGGAGGAAUUGUCCGACUUGAUGGUAUUUGCCAAACUUCUGCGCUUCGGUUCAGCUAGACAGAAGCUGCUGAAGUGCUUUGCCAGUCUCGUAAAGAACAAUUUACCCAUCAUGUCGUGCCUGACCAAACGCUAUGUUGACUAUAUUGAGUACAGGAGAUGGUACAAGCAGGGCAGUGGUAGCAAAAGUUGCACAGAUCCCGAAGAGGAAGAUGCAGACAGUCUGAGCAAGGCUCGACGGCAGGAUGUUGAUCUAGGGCUGCGCCUGGGGACUUUUCUGUCGGAGGCUGGAUGGCUGUCAGAAUGUAUUGAGGUUAUGUCAUGUGUUUUGAGGGUGGUGAGAAAUAUUCCUAGGAAUGAGACAUCCACGGAGCAUCUGCUGACAGAAUUGGAUUGUCUGCAGAGAUUGCUCUAUGCUCAGGCAAAUUUCUGUCUAUUCCGGGAUGCUGAUAUCACGUACAAGGCCAUCGUGGGACUGAUUGACAGGGUGGGCAUAGAUAGCAUCCCGAAAAGUCUCCUGGCCAAUGUCUAUCUGCAGAUUUCAGUGUUGUUCUUUGCCCGAAGUGAAUACGAUCAGAGCUAUACGUGGAGUAUACGGGCUCUGACUAAUGUGGCUCAGGAGAAUAUUCCGGACAAGGUGGUGAUUGAUGUGCUGCUGCAAGCGGCAAAAUCGUGCGUAGUGAAGCGUCACUUCAAGAAGGCCAAUCUUCUGAUCAUGAUGGCCGUCACGAAGACACGCAGUAUCUACGGCAGCAAUCACCAGAAGUACGCCGAUGCGUUGCUAGACUAUGGCUUCUACCUUCUCAAUGUGGACGCCAUUACGUCCAGCGUGGAAGUGUACAAUGAAGCCCUGCAGAUUAAAACGGAAAUCUUUGGUAGUAUGAAUCUCCUGGUGGCUGUGGCUCAUGAAGAUCUCGCCUAUGCCCUCUAUGUGCGUGAAUACAGCUCGGGGAAAUUCACAACGGCACGAAAUCAUGUUGAGAGUGCAAUUGGCAUCAUGAAGAAGCUCGUGCCGACAAAUAAUCUCAUGUUGGCAUCGGCAAAACGGGUGAAAGCGCUGAUUCUCGAAGAAAUUGCCCUGGACAAUAUGAUGAUGCACUCCAGUACUGACCAUCAGGAUCUCCUGCAGCAAUCGGAGAUUCUGCACAAGUCAGCACUGGAGUUGUCGCUGGAGGCCUUUGGGGAGAUUAAUGUGCAAACGGCGAAGCAUUAUGGGAAUCUGGGGAGACUGUAUCAGAGUAUGAAUAAGUUCGAUGAUGCGGAAAGGAUGCACCAGAGAGCUAUUAAAAUCAAGACAGACCUCCUGGGAGCCUAUGACUACGAAGUGGGACUGUCAAUUGGGCAUCUGGCAUCCCUCUACAACUAUCACAUGCAGAAGCAUCACGAAGCCGAGACGCUCUAUCUCAAAAGCAUCGAAAUAAGUCUGCGCCUCUUUGGGGACUCGUAUUCUGGCCUGGAAUACGAUUACCGUGGAUUGUGUCAUGUUUAUGAAUCUCUAGCCAACACAGAUAAGUACUUGGAAUACUCGAGAAUCCUCGACACUUGGAGAAUUCUGCGGCAGGAAAAUGAUGAUGGGAGUAAAUCUGUAUUUGUUGAAGUGCGAGAUGACACGACAAUGGAAGAGGUGACGAAAAAAUUCUUCGAGAUGUGUUCGGAACCUAGCAAUGAAGUUAUAGCGACAAAAGCCACGUGAUUCCCUUUAAUCUGCAUUGUUGCAUAAAAAAGGAUUAAAAAAAAAAGAAAACCUCUUUGCAGUUGAAUAAAAAUUCAAUGAUUAUUGUUCUGUUUUUACAAAGAGAAAAAAAUAGUGCAAAAAAAAUCAUUGCAGAUGUACUAAUUAAUCAAUUUUUUUUGUGACAGAAGAAUCAUAUAUUUUUUUCUCAUUUAAGGCAAAAUACGUUUUUUUUGUAAUUAAAACAACUAUCUCUUCAAAAAAAAAUAGUGAUUUUUUUGCUAAUAAGUAAGACAAUUUAUGAGGAAAAAACCCUCUUUUUUAGGAGAACAUCAUUGAAGGAAGAAAAGAAAUAUUAUUUUCCAUUUUUUGAAAAUUUAGUCGUGAUUUUGAUGUAAAACUCAGCUUCUGAUACUUCUUUUCGAAUAAAGAAAAAAAACAUCUUUGUAUAGGAGUAAUAUUCUUAGAUGUUUUUGUAAAGCAUAGCCAUUACAAAAUUCGCUAAAAUGUGAAAAUAUAUUGAAGAAAAAAAAACAUUGUGGUAACUAUUUGAAAAAAAAAACAAAUCUGUAGACAGACAUUGAAAAAGAUGAAGAGAGAAUUAAAAGAAAAAAAGUUGUAGCUGGAGCUAAAAGAUAAAUAAAAUGUUGAGAAAAAAAAACACUUG